AUGGAGCCUCGGAAGCAGAAGCGAGUCGCGGGAAGCAGCUACCUCGAGAACCUCCCUUCCGAGCUCUUCGCUGAGGUGUGCGACUUGCUCUUCACUGACGCGAACGUACAAGUAUUCGAGUUAUCAGAUCCCGAGGACGACGAAGACCGGUUCUACACUACACUCCUCGAACAUGACGAGUGGGCGGAUCUCUUCCGGCUUCGUAGGGUCUCCAAGCCGAUACAGAGAAAAUUCGACAGGGCCCUCCACGAUGCUCAACAGCACGGCGACGUCAUCAGCCACGGCAAAGAAAACAAGAGCGCCAAGACACAGUAUCGUCUGGUGAUCCUCGAAAGCAUCUACGACCUCCACGGCCCGAGUCCUCACGGCGACCGCGACAAUCUCCUUUCAACCGAGAUUACCACACUCUACACCAACGAGUCGACAGCCAACGAGUCACUCUUCGACGGCAUGACGAAUAGCAUCGCGGAUGUGAUCAAGAACCCAGAAUUCUCGCUGAUCGGAUCGUACGAAGAUGAGCCUCCACUUCUCACGCCACUGUCUUCCAGAGGCCUCUUCCACCUUGGAACUGGCGUCUUCACAGAUGGUGCAAGCCGCUGGGCUCUGAUCAAGUAUUACUGGGAUGACGACUCAGACAACUAUCCGAUGGCUACCCACAGUCACGCCCGCGCUGUGAGGUGGCUGAACUGGUACGAUGAGGGUGGCCCGCAGAAGGAAGCUUGUGAAGAGAAGGAGGCGGCUGCCGCGCGAGAUUUGAGAAACUUGUGGGCCGAGCGGCGUGCACGCUUGGAGGCGGAGGAUUUGGCAGCGGUCAAAAGGGCGGAGGAGGAGGAGCGGCGGCGGAAAGAGCGAGAGACAUUCGACUGGUUCAAGGCACGGAAAGUCUGGGGUGUUCGGGUUCGGGCGAGGGAAUGGUUCGAUGACUGA